CGCAGCGACGUUACAGACUUCCGUAUUUGCAUUGCAUCUGACAUGCGCCUAUCAAUAGUUCGUUUCUGUUACAGUUAAUUAGCCGUACGACACACCAAAUAUUUGCCGUACGGCGGUGAACUCUUUCCGACGAGAAUGGACAACUGAAUCAUAUCAUGUAUAUCCCACUGUUCUUUCAACGUUUGUUUCUUCAACUCAUUCUUCACUUCUAAUUUCCAAAAUGGCUACCUUCGAUGUUGAAAUUACCCUACCUACUCAGACAGCCCCAAGCUAUGACCAAUUGGUCGUUGGUAAGAAGUCGCCAUUGACAUCUGAUCUUGAAGAGUUUCGUGGAAUUCCAUUUGGAUUCGUGCCUGGAAGAUGGAGGCAUUCAGAACUCCGUGUCUCGUUGCCAUCAGAUAAAUAUGAUGCAACUCGGAAUGGCCCCAAAUGUCCCCAAUCUCCAGAACCAAACAAUUCUGAGACAUUUCAAUCUCACGUGGACUUUCCGAGCGAUGUCACUGAAUCCGAAUUCGAGUGUCUCAAUCUUUUCAUCAUUCGACCGAGUAAGGAGGCAUUGUCCAGAUUUGGAAAGGAGAACGAAAACCUUCCCGUUCUCAUCUGGAUCCAUGGAGGUGCCUUUGGAUUUGGGGCUGGGACAGAUCCUAUGUGGGAUCCAAGCAGACUUAUACUAGAGUCUCUUGCACUGGGAACUCCUUUCAUUGCUGUGAACUUGAACUACAGACUCAAUUUGUUUGGAUUUGCUGCUUCCUCUGAGUUGCUCGAUGAUCAAACUGGAGGAGCAAGAAAAGGUUGCAAUUUUGGUCUCCGUGAUCAACAAAUUGGUAUUCAAUGGAUUUCCAAGAAUAUCGGUUAUUUUGGUGGAGACUCCACGAAAAUCACACUAAGUGGACAGUCUGCAGGAGCAGCAUCGACUCAUACCCACACGCUUUCUGCCAAGCAACAUCCGGAGGCACCACUAUUCAGGAGAUCUAUCUUUCAGUCAGGCUCUCUGGGCUGCCUUGGACCUUCUCCGCUUAGCCAUGCAAACGAAAACUGGGACACCCUGUGUCAGCACUUGGGCUUUGAGAAAGAUGAUCGGGUCUCUAGGCUUGAAAAGCUUCGGACACUUCCGCCAGAGGAGCUUCUGAGAGCUCAAAAAGAACUUGGAUGGAUGGCAUUUCAGGUUAUCAUCGAUGGUGCUUCAUUUACUGCUACCGAUGGAGAGUGUGAAGUAUUCAUCGACCUUGAUGGUGGUCGUGGAGCAUACGAUAUCAGCAAGACCUCAGGAGAAGCCAUUGAGAUACUUAUUGGGGACACAGAUGUAGAGGCAAGCAUAUUUGCCAGCCAAAUCUAUAAAAUCAACAACUUUGAGCAAGCUCAGGCACUAUUCAAAGCAGAGUUCCCAACGCCGUCUGCCGCCGAGGACAUACUGAAUGCGUAUGGAAUAAGCUGCAAAACACCACUCGAUACUGUACACCGUCAACUCUUCCGUUUUGUGGGAGAUGUUAUGUUUGGCUUACCCCUCUUCAAAGCACGGAAUUUCUUCACUACCAAGCAGGAAAAGUCAGAGACUACAGGCGACAUUGAAGAGCCAAGAUUCUAUCAUCCAACGCAAGUCCAGUCCUACAAAGUAAAAUUCGGUAAUCCGUUUCUUGGCCCAAGCCAUGAUGUUUCACAUCACUGCGUCGAACUCAUCUACCUAUUCGAUGCCUUCCACGAUGAUCUCGUCAAAAUCGACCAUAUCGAACACGCUACUGCAGAUCAAUUAACGCCACCUUUAUCUUCCUCAUCUUCAAGCGCAUCACUCAACAGGAUCGACGAUAGUAUAUCUCCGAAUACUGCUCCAGAACCAGCUACUCAGCCGACGACACGCAAGAAGAGACCCAACAUUGCUUUGAAGAAAGACAUCCAAAGACAUUGGAUACAGUUCAUAACGAAAGAAGAAAGUUCAAUCGUUGAAGACGAGAUUACAGUCUAUAACACAGAUCGGGAGAUUUAUACCGAAAGCUUGUCUGGAGAUAAUGAGUGGAUUGAGGAAGCGAAGCGCUUUGAGAUGCUGGCGAGGUAUCCGGAGGCGAACAGGAAAGUACUGAAGAGACUUACACAGAAAUUGCUUAUCUAGCGAUGAAGAAAACUCAUGAAUAUAAUGAGACGGAAGUAACUGCACAUGAGAAUUCACCACACUGGAACUGGACUUCGUCGUGCUCUGGGUCUAGUCCUUCAAAUUUCAUUUCCCUAGUCAGAAUCUGUAAAGUGUAAUCCCU